GGGAUCCUCCGCGACCCGCGGAGCGCCUCGCCAGCCAACGGCCCAGGGGCUGGCAUAGGCGGCCGCAGCCGUGGCAGUGGCAAGAAGCCGCCGUGGCGUGAGGAGGUCAGCGAGGAAGGAGGCAGCCCAGAGGAGGUCGUCUCGCUGCUGAGUCGCGCUUUGGCGGCCACUGAUGAUAGUAGUCUCAAGUCUACCCUUCAUCAGCAGGUCGUCCAGCUGGAGAGGGAGGUCGAGGAAUCCAAGCAGCAGGAGACUUUGGCCGUGGAACUGCUCCGUCGGGCUGAUGGAUUUCUCCGUGACGCUGAUCACAAACAUCCACAGGUUAUUGCGAACGUGCUUCGCCUCCGCCAGUCGCUCUUCACGGCCGAGUCCAAGGAGGCAGACUUGGCCAAGCAGCUGGCGCAGGCAGCCUUGGGCAGGAAGGCGGCAGUGGCGACGGUGACUCACGCCGAGGGCGUGGGCGGAGCUGAGGCCCCCGCUGCCGCGCCAGCCAAGGAGGCCGAGGAUAUCCACGAGCGCCUGCUCGCCACCGAGCGCGAGAUGUCGGCCAAAGAAACGGAGGCCCGUGGUGGGCUGGCCCGCAUGGAGAAGCAUCGGAAGGAGAUCGCCGAUCGCAUGGCGAAGAACAGGAAAGUGAACGUCGACGGUGGCCAG